GCACCAUAGAUCUGGAUCACAGAAAUUACAAAUGAUCUAAAUUAUUGUGUGUUUCAAAAUUCCUAAAUACGCGAGAGGGAGGCUUUCCCAUUACUCUCCAAGGUUUUUUAGGUCCUUCUGCUCAAUGAAGGCUACUUCUAAAAAGUUUAUUGUGUUGCCGACGCCUACAAAGAUCUAUGUACUAGAUGCUUGAAAAUCGUCCUCGUAGAUCUGAGUCUUUGAGGAGCCCAUCAGCACAGAGCAAAUAAAAUGAAAAGAUCACAUCUUGACGCAGGGGCAUCCAUUUGGCGAUCGUUCUAAAUGUCCUUUGAGUUUGAUCCACUAUAAAAACCCUUCUUACUAUUUUUACAUGGCGUGGACCCGCUGUUUAUGUAACCUUUCAUCUUCAUGUCUUUUUCACAAUCUCGUCACAGGGAACAUAAAAAGGAGUCUCCUAGUCGAGGACUCAGACUUCUUCUUCUACAAAAACGUAGUCUAAAGUCUCGAAAAAAUGCACGUACGCGCUUUUGAAUUCCGUAACAAGACGAGCAAGGAGAUGCUCAAGGAGCUCGAGGAGUCCCGUGCGGAGCUCUCUCAGCUCAAGGUGGCCAAGGCCACCGGUGCCGCGGCGUCCAAGCUCGCGAAGAUCCGCGUCGUGCGGAACAAUAUUGCGCGCCUUCUCACCGUCUACAAUCAGAAGAUCCGUGCUGAGGCCCGCACCAAGUACGAGGGAAAGAAGUAAGCAGGCUUAGUUUAGUAUGAUUUUUGAAUUUUAUUGUUUCUUCGUCCACUAGUAGAUAUCUCGAAGAGAUGUCGUAGAUUUAGAAGAUGUUAGGGCACACAAUGACCGCAGCAUUUAGAAACGAGUAAAGACAGUCGCCUGUAAAAAUCUGCUCGGACUAUGACUAUCGGACACUUGGAGGGGCGCGGAAACCGCCUUCAGAUCCACGUUUAGAAUACUCUCCAUUUUGCAUGUCAACAUCGGGAUUCUUGCCACAGGGUGAGUCCUUCUUUACAUGAAGCUUAGUUCUGCCAAAGAUUCCCUAGAGCAUAGUCAAACCUCUUUCUACCACACACUUCGGUAGUGACCUAAGUGUCUCUUUCUCCUUGGGUCCUCGUUGUUGGUAUGGUUUACAAUCCUUUAGGCAUCGUGCCCGUCACCUUCUUUCGAAAAUGACGCCUCUACUUGCGCUCUGGUCGACCUUCCAGAGCGCUUCAUCGGGAUUCUUACAGCCACAGAGUCUUUGUUUCUUUUCAUACGAAAGAGCUCUGCCAAAGAUUCCCCAAACCAUACAAGUCGCCCUUUUUCAAGCUCCCGCUGUUGUCCAGUACAGUGUGGCAGUUUGCAAAGGUUGGACAGGACGAAAACCCUCGUCUUUUUGAAGAUCAUCAGACUAUCUUCACCAGCCUCUUUUAGAAAAAAGAGGCCAUGAUCCGGGAUUCUUGCCACAGAGUGCUCUGAUCGCCCUUUUGAGCGGUGCCGCUCUGCCAAAGAUUCCCUAAAACACAGGCGCAGUCCCGGACCUCACCUACGCUUCCGACAGUUCUAUGCGUCUGGAGAUGACGGUCGUAAGAUUGCACAGUAAGAAGCUUAGAUUUAGAUUUCCUUGUCCAGUCUUCAACACGGUCACUGUCAUCAUCAAAGAUCAUCGUCGGGAUUCUUGCCACAGGGUAGAUGCUUUCCUUUAGCGCCUUGCUCUGCCAAAGAUUCCCUAGAGUGAAGUCCUGCUCGAUCAUGCUACUUUUGCGGUGCUCGCAAUGUGGCAGUUUCUAAAAGUCGUACAAAUCUUAGUGCAGGAGGGACCUGCUCAUUCAUGUUUGAUGUUGCAUUAACGUGGAGAACCUAAACCGCAUGUUCCUACUUUGUGUCCGGUGGUCAUAUUGUAGACGCAUUCGUUGUGAAAGAUUUCGAAUGAUGUUCAUGUUUCGUCCUCGUCAUCUAAAUGCAAAUCUAAAACUUUCAAUAGGUACGUGCCCCUGGACUUGCGCCCGAAGAAGACCCGCGCUAUCCGUCGUGCGCUCACUUCCGCCCAGAAGAAGCUUGUUACUGUGAAGGAGAAGACUCGUAAGAACAACUUCCCGCAGCGCAACUAUGCCCUCAAGGCAUAAGUUGUAGGCAACUACAAAACUGGAGUCAAAGUGGUUCAGACGAGGAGGCUGCAGCAGGGUGGCGAUGCUACUCCAGGCGGAUAACGGAUAUGUCUCGGAUAGGUCUACUCUCCGAUGCGGAUAUGUCUCGCACUCGAGGUUGACAAGAGUUCAUAACGCGGCGAAGAAGUCAGAAUCACUCUUGUCUCGUCCUGUUGAAAGUGAUGCCGAUUCCUUUUCUUGCCAACCAACCUUCACGAAAUCGUGAAGCUGUGUUCUGGGUGGUGUCGCAGACUCUGCUUGUUAGAGACUAAUGUAGAAGAUCCAACCGUAGUAGGUCACGCAUUUCGCGUCGGCUACUGGCCUGCAACAUGGUGGGAGUCUAUUUUUCUAUAUGAACGAACAGUGUUCAACGCAUAUCUGCUCUAUGCAUACUCACACGUGACUCCGGGUCGGUCGUUGGCCGCGACUUCUGACGCGAAUUUCAGUCCUGUUUGUCAACCAUCGGUCGUGCUGUUGUUACUGAUCAAAUGCUAUGAUGUUGCAUCAAGCUGAGGAUACAAGUGUCACAUAGACCACGUUCAUUUAUUUUCUGGUCUGAUCAGGAGACUCGUCCUUGAUGGUUUCGUGGAUUUCGCUGCACUGUGUUUUAUCG